CAAGAGGAGAGAUGGCGCGCUUCUCCCCGCCGCUGCUGCGCCGGUGCCUCUGCUCCGCCGCCAAAUCCGCCUCCGCCGCCGGAGGCACCAAUAAGAGGAAUAUCGUCUUCUUGGGAUCCCCCCAGGUGGCCGCGUCGGUCCUGGAAACGUUGCUCGUGGCGUCGGACUCCCCGGACUCCGCAUUCCAGGUUGCCGCCGUCGUGACGCAGCCGCCGGCCGCCAAGAACCGGGGGAGGAAGCUGAUGCCGUCGGCCGUCGCGCAGCUUGCGCUCGACCGCGGGUUCCCCGGCGACCUCAUCUUCACGCCGGAGCGCGCUGGGGAGGAGGCGUUUCUGUCAGGCCUGAAGGAAUUGAGACCAGAGCUCUGCAUCACUGCUGCCUAUGGAAACAUUCUGCCUCAGAGGUUUCUUGAUAUUCCGCCAUAUGGAACUGUUAACAUACACCCGAGUUUGCUGCCUCUAUAUCGUGGUGCAGCACCUGUGCAGAGGGCAUUGCAGGACGGUGUUGAAGAAACAGGUGUUUCCCUUGCAUAUACUGUCCGUGCAUUGGAUGCAGGUCCAGUGAUUUCUUGUGAAAAAUUUUCUGUUGAUGAAUGUAUUAAGGCACCAGAGUUGCUUGCUAUAUUGUUCAACAUAGGAUCCAAGUUGUUGCUUCGUGAACUACCAUCUAUUCUUGAUGGAUCGGCUAAAGAAAAGGCAAAACCACAGGAUGAUUCCAAAGCAACUCAUGCACCGAAGCUAAAUUCUGACGAGUCAUGGUUGUCAUUCGACCAAGAAGCUAAAGUGCUCCAUAACAAGGUACGAGCCUUUGCAGGCUGGCCAGGAACUCGUGCAAAAUUGCAGCUCAUGAACCAAAAUGGGGAACCUGAUGUGCUUGAGAUUAAGGUUAUCAGCACGAAGGUUUGCGCAUCCUGUGACAAAACUGGAGAUGGAAAUGAGGUACUCUUCUCAGGUAGCUCAUUGCUGAUUCCUUGCAGUGGUUCAUCUUGUCUCGAGGUCAUGGAGCUUCAACUCCCUGGAAAGAAAGUAACGACAGCAAGGGACUUCUGGAAUGGUUUGCGUGGUCAAAAGCUGUUGAAAUCACCAUAAAUGAGUCACCAUAAUCUCAUCACAGCGUGUACCACUGCAUGCACAAGAUGAUCGUAUGUCAUGCUCGGAUGCUACAAGUUUUUCUAGGCAAUGGUGUUAUGGAUCAUGCACGAAUUUUCAGGAGAAUGCUAUCACAGCCAGAUUGUGAAGAUAUGAUUUCUUUGCUACACCAUACAUUUCGGUACCUCCCAGAGCACACAGUUAGCUGUCUACAAAAAUUCUGGAAAACACAGUUGUUAGCUACCCAGAGUUGUUAGUCCCAUUUUGUUUGAAAUAUUUUUACCGAAUGAUGGCUGCACUAGACUGCUUGUGACCACUUCACCAUUUGUGAAAUAUGAGUAAUUGACAUGCAGUGCUCGCUAUUUCAGUUCAGUAUUCAGUCUGUAAACUUCAGUCGGAGCAAUCACUCUAUUGGCUGCCUGUGCCUGUGUGGUAACUUUCCAUCUGAACAUUUUUAUUGGAUGUAGUGGCACUAAACUGUUUGUGAUCACUUCUUUACUUGAGAAUCGACUACCUCGUGUUAGUUCGGAAGCGCAAUACUAAAUCAAA